CGUUUUCUCUAUCUUUGUCCAUUUUCUAAUUGCUACUGCUUCAAACUACACCAAUCGCUUUAAUUGUUAUAAUCAGAUUUUAAAACUUCUUGAUGGAAAAUGACUUUCGUAUUAUCAUAUUUAAGAUGGAAGCAACCUGGAAGGCUGGAAGGAGUCUCAUACUCAUGUAACAAAGCUUAUAUACAUGACCCACAUGUUUGUAAUGGAUCAAACCACCUGAAAUUAACUUUCUUGAAGCACAUUCAUCUACUCUCAUGCAUAUCUCGCCCAUGAUCUGAAACCCCAUAACGUCGAAUGUCUGAUUAUCAAGGGUUUGGUAGUACGAACAGUGAAGAUCAAAACUCUAAUGGCGAUGAAAUAAGAGACAUACAUGCAUUGACCCCAACAUAUGUUCUCUCUCCACGGACUCGCCAUCCAUUUGAAUCAUCUCUAUCUAUGGCUACAAGUGAUGGAACCUCUCGUGACGAUUAUUCAAAUAUGAGUGUGACUAACAGUACGUUGGUGGUGGCAGGAUCAGCGAUAGGGAGCAUAGGAGUUGAAUACCAACGUGCGAUUGGAGAAGAUUAUGAUGUUGAUGGUAUAUUGCAUCCUUCCCUAUCGCCUGUACGUGGUAGAAAUGGGAGGGAGGUGGUGGUGCUGACGAGAAACGUGAAGAAAGAGGAGGUUGAAUCGAAGAUAAUCGCAUGGAAGAAUGCUAAGAUAUCCGAGAUUACUCACAGGUUCAAGUGUGAGGAUGCGAUAAUAAAAGGGUGGGAGAGCGAGAAGGUUCAGAAGGCUACUUUAAAGAUGAAGCAAAUCGAAAGGAAACUGGAUGAGAAGAAAGCUAGAGCGAUCGAAAAGAUGGAAAACGAGAUUGCUAAAGCUCAUCAGAAAGCAGAGGAAAGGAGGGCAUCUACUGAAUCAAUAAGAGGAACGAAGAUGGCUAGGGUUCUUGAAGUGGCUAACUUGAUGAAAGCUGUUGGAAGAUCUCCUGUUAAGAACUUCUUUUAGGUAUCAUUUUAAUUGAUUUUAAAGAUGGGGUUGUGUGGAAAUUUGUGUAAUAAGUACCCCAUAGUUAUGAGUUUCUUGGGAAUGGUUAGUAGCAAAGAGUUUCCUUCAUGUGUGGUGGAAGUUGGGAGUUGGGACUUUUCGACUGUUUGCAAAAUUGUACGUACCUUAUCUUAUAUAAAAUAAUAGAAGAUUUUAAUUGUAGUGAAAUAUAGAAGAUAGG